AUGGCGCCCCUCGAUGAUGUGCAGGUUGGGGACGUGGUCAAUGUCCCCGGUGGUAUGUAUGGGACGAUCAAAUACUUGGGAUCGGUGGCGGGGAAACCUGGUCGAUUCGCAGGUGUCGAAUUGAGCUCGGAGCAUGCCCAACGAGGCAAGAACAAUGGCGACGUCGACGGCCGAAAGUACUUUGCAACCUCCGUCCCCGGUUCGGGCAUCUUUGUGCCCAUGAACAACAGCAAGUAUGUCACCCGACGAUCGACCUCGAACAUCUCGAACCCAGUGACCCCGGCGCGGGGAGGACCCGUCAACUUCAGCAAAUCUGUCGGUCCAGCUCUCACUACACCCCGUCCGCGCGUGCGACGGCCCUCACUCCCUCGGCCCGAAUCGCCGCGUGUGCCUCCUCCGAAACUGAGCCUGAGUGGCCUGCGUACACCCUCGGCGGCGUCCCGGAGUGGACUGACGAGUGCCCAGCGCAGUCCCGUCAAAGCGCCUUCCCGCCUAUCUGACCGGCCCUCGUCGCGGAUGAGCACCGCCGAUGAUGACUCCUCAUACGGCCGACCUUCGGACUUCCGUCGACCCAGUUCGUCGGGCAACCAAGACCUGAAGGAUCAAAUCAAAAGUUUGGAAAAACAGCUGUUGGACAGAGACAGGCAGCUGGAGGAGCAGUCCGGGACCCUGAACGAAUUCCAGAGGACAUUGGAGGAAAUGGAGGGUUCAGAGGGCAUCUCGAUUCGCACACAGCUGCGGGAGCGCAACGAGCGAAUCAACCAAUUGACGGCCGAGUUCGACGGCCACCGCGCAGAUUUCAGAAGCACCCUCGACACAUUGGAAGUCGCGGCCUCCGAGACCGAGCGUGUCUACGAGCAGCGACUGGAUGAGCUCAUGCAACAGAACAAGGAGCUUCAGGAUCGCGGCGAAGACGUCGAGGUCGUCGCACAGCAGCUCAAACAACUGGAAGAGCUGGUCUCAGAAUUGGAGGAGGGAUUGGAGGACGCCCGGCGCGGAGAAGCCGAGGCACGGGCCGAGGUCGAGUUCCUGCGUGGCGAAGUGGAGCGCACCAAGCUAGAGCUGAAGAAGGAACGUGACUACUCAGCCGCUGCACUCAAAGACGUACACGGCAACGGCGACGCGCCUCGAAGCAGCAGUGACCUGGACCAGAAGGACGAUGAGAUCCGAGGACUCAAGGCCAUUAUUCAUUCGCUGAGUCGCGGAAACCCUGCCGAAGAUGAAGAACAUCAUGGUAUGGAGGGACACGAUCCAGAGCAACUCGUUCAGCUGGAACUGCGCAUGCGCGAGAUUGAAGAGACCGUAGAUUACAAGGACUCUCGAAUUGAAGAACUCGAACGUGAACUGCAAGAAAUGCACCUCCAAGGUGGUCGCCAGCGCAGCUCGACCGUCACUCUUUCACCGAAGCAACACAAACCCACUCACUCUGCGGGUAACAUCUCCAAUCACUCCAACAACAACAACAACAACAACAACAACAACAACCCCCAUCGCCUCUCAGAUCGUACAGUCGUUCCGCCCGACUGGCACGAUGCACCCACUGAGCCGCGCCACCAUCGUGGAGCCUCCAACACCUCCCAGUCCCGCCUAGAAACCAUGCACGAGUCCGAGCAGGCCUCCGACGAGGACGCCCUCUGGUGCGAGAUCUGUGAAGCCAGCGGCCACGACAUCCUGAACUGCACCAGCAUGUUCGGGUCUGGUCAGAACGUCGAGCACAAGCCUACCGAGGAGCCUGCUGAGGAACCCGAGGAACCAAUUGAGAAGACCGAGCCCCUCCGACCUAAGGAGCAUGAGGAGCCUCAAAAGACCGGAAAGGACGUUGUCAUGGAAGGUCUGAAAGGCAUUGGAGGACUCGGAUCGUCGAUGGCUCCCGUGGCAGGCAAGUCGUCCGGUGUCAUUGAUGAGUCCAAGUGGUGUGCUAUGUGUGAGCGAGAUGGCCAUGAGAGCAUUGACUGUCCGUUUGAUGAGUAA